AUGUCUGCCCUUAAGCAUGACCUUUUCAGUGUAGUGCCUAAGCAUUAUCAGCACAUCCUGGCCUUGGCAUUUGCAGUGAAUGAGAUCAAUGAAAACCCUCACAUCCUACCCAAUCUCACUUUGGGCUUCCACAUCCAUGAUAGUUAUAACAAUAUAAGGCGGACCUAUCAUGCUACAUUGCUGCUUCUAUCAGCACUGGAGAGAUUUAUCCCAAACUAUUUAUGUGACAACCAGAAAAAUCUAGUAGCAGUCAUUGGCGGACUGGAUGCCCAAAUUUCCACUCAUGUGGCAACUCUGUUGAAAAACUAUAAGGUUCCACAGCUCAUAUAUGGCUCUGUUCCACUGAUGAAUGAUAAAUCCUUAGGACUUACCUUCUACCAGAUGGUCCCUCAUGAAGCUCUUCAGUAUACAGGAAUUCUCUCUUUGCUUCUGCAUUUCAAGUGGAUAUGGAUUGGGGUCCUUGUAAUGGAUAAUGAAAAUGGUGAAAGAUUUUUGCAAACUGUGUUGCCAAAAUUUUCUGAGAGUGGUAUCUGCUUUGCCUUUAUAAAGAGAGUCCCUAUGUUAACUUCUGUCUCUGAACUUAACAGCAUGUUUGACGAUGGGGCAAAAAUACAUACUGAAGUAAGGAAUAGUACCGCCAAUGUAGUUGUGUUUUAUGGUGAAUCUAAUUCCAUGGUGUUUUUGAGAUGGCUUCCAUAUUUUUCAGAACAUCCACCAAAUCUUCCAAAAGGUAUUGUUUGGAUAACGACAGCUGAAAUGGAGCUCACUGCAUUGGUCUAUCAAAGGUAUUGGGAUACAGAAAUAUUUGAUGGUGCCCUGUUCUUCACAAUCCACUCCAACAACCUACCUGAAUUCAUACCAUUUGUUGAGGGACUAAAUCCUUUCAGCACAAAAGGAGAUGGUUUUAUUAGGGACUUCUGGCAACAAGCCUUUGGCUGUGUAUUCACAAAUCCAGAUGUGGUGGAUGUGGAGGGGGAUAUUUGCAAUGGGGAGGAGAAGCUGGAGAAUCUUCCAGCACCAUUUUUUGAGAUGAGCAUGAAUGGCCACAGCUAUAGUAUUUACAAUGCUGUCUAUGCUGUAGCACAUGCUUUACAUGACAUGUCUUCAUCUAGACUCAAACACAGAGCUAUGGAAGAUAGAGGACUGAAGCUUCAGAAUCAAGAAUUAUGGCAGCUCCAUCACUUUCUGAAACGAGUAUCCUUUAAUAAUAGCAGUGGAGACAAGAUCUCCUUUGACCAGCAUGGGGAGUUACUGGCUGGAUUUGAUGUGAUCAACUGGAUUGUUUCCCCAAACCAAUCAUUUCAUAGAGUGAAAGUUGGCAGGGUGGAUCCCAGCCAAAUCUUCACCAUCAAUGGGGAUGCCAUAACAUGGCACAGCUCCUUUAACCAGUCUCACCCUCUUUCUUUAUGUACUGAGAGGUGCCAUCCCGGUUUUAGGAAGAAACUGAAGGAGGGGGAGCCAUUUUGCUGCUACGAUUGCAUCCCAUGUCCAGAGGGGAAGAUUUCAGCUCAGGAGGAUGUGAACGACUGUGAUAAAUGCUCAGAUGAAAAAUAUCCAAACAAGAACCGGGAUGUGUGCAUUCCCAAGAAUCUAAGCUUCUUGUCUUAUGAAGAACCUUUGGGCAUCAGUUUAGCCUUCUUUGCUCUUUUCUUUUCUCUGAUCACAGCUUUCGUGCUGGGAACAUUUAUGAAGCACCACAACACUCCCAUUGUCAAAGCCAACAACCGGGACCUCACCUACACUCUCCUCAUCUCCCUCCUACUCUGCUUCCUUUCUGCAUUGCUAUUCAUUGGUCGACGCGAUUGGUCGAUGUGCCUCCUCCGACAAACUGCAUUUGGCAUCAUCUUCUCAGUGGCUGUUUCUUGUGUGCUGGCAAAAACCAUCACUGUGGUUUUGGCUUUCAUGGCCACCAAACCAGGAUCCAGGAUGAGGAAGUGGGUGGGGAAAGGACUGACUACUUCUGUUGUUUUUUCCUGCUCCUUUGUUCAAGCAGGUAUCUGUACUGUUUGGCUGGGAUCCUCACCCCCUUUUCCAGAUGUUGACAUGCACUCAGUGAACAAAGAAGUUGUCCUGGAAUGUAACGAGGGAUCUGUGCCUAUGUUUUACUGUGUUCUGGGCUACAUGGGCUUCCUAGCUAUUGUCAGUUUCACUCUGGCUUUCCUUGCCAGGAAGUUACCAGACAGUUUCAAUGAAGCCAAGUUCAUCACUUUCAGUAUGUUAGUCUUUUGCAGUGUUUGGGUAUCUUUUGUUCCAACCUACCUGAGUACCAAAGGAAAAUACACGGUCGCUGUAGAAAUUUUUUCUAUCUUAGCCUCCAGUGCUGGGCUGCUGGGUUGCAUCUUUGCCCCCAAAUGCUACAUUAUUGUUUUGCGACCUGAGCUGAAUAACAGGGAACAUCUAAUCAGAAAUAAGGCCUGA